CAAAUUUUGGUGAAUGGUCAAAAUGGAAUUGAAAUGCCAACAGAAUUAACUGAAAUUCAAUGUUUACCUGUACCAAAGAAUGGAACAAAACAUGGUAUUCGAAUACGAAUUUUAUGUAAUUUAAAAUUAACUCAUGCUUCCUCAUGUGAGAUAAGAUAUCCUGAUAAAUAUCAUUGGAUUACG